GGCACCGGAGAGGCUGGAGUCUCGCCCGCCGGCUCGGUGCCCCUGCCCGGGGCGCUGUCCCCUCCGUGCGCCGCGUUCCCAGCCGGUGAAAGUGCCUCGCGGAUCCUUCAGCCGGAAAGUGGCUUUGUCAGCGAGGCAGGGUGCGCCGAGUGCGGAGCCCAGACCCACCUCGGCGCUAAUCCAGCUUGUUCCUCCUCAGAGAGAGAUCGCGUGGCGCCUUCCAGCGCAUUUCGGUGCUUUGGUCUUUCUGUGGCUUUCAGCUGGAUCCGUGUAAAAAUGUGGCUCCGCAACCUGCAAUUCUUCAAGUAUUCAGUUACCAAGUUGAGGAGAUGCUGUGGUUAUGGUUACAGUAUAGUUUUCAAAUUCCGAUCAUCUUUAAGUGGACGUGCAAAUAUGUCUGUUACCUCCAUAUUAAAAUGUCUAACAAAAGGCCUAAAGAUAACUUCAACUGACCAGCCUAUGGUUGAAAAAGCUCAAGGAGAGAAAGUUACAUUGCUGUGUACAUUCACUGAAUCACAAGACGAUCUAGGCCCACUAGAUGUUGAAUGGGUCUUAAUACCACUAGAUAAUCGAAAGAAGGAACAAACAAUUAUUAUGUACUCUGUAGACAGGAUUUAUAAUAAUUACUAUGAAGCUAUGAAUGGACGGGUACAGUUCACUAAUCCUGAUCCCAGAUCUGGUGACGGCUCCAUAGAUAUCCUGAAUCUAAAAUCAACAGAUACAGGCACAUACCAGUGCAGAGUGAAGAAAGCUCCUGCAGUUGAAAGCCAAAAAAUACAGUUGACUGUGCUUGUAAAGCCAGCAAGGACUAAAUGCUACAUUGAAGGAUCACAGGAAACUGGAAGAGACCUUACCCUGAAAUGUGUAUCACAAGAAGGCUCUCCACUCUUAUCCUACAACUGGAGGAAAUUAACUGGCACACAGGAACUUCCGGCGACAUCGUUAUUGAAUAAAGAUACAGGUGAACUGUCUCUGAAGAAUGCCUCUGAGGAGUACUCUGGUACAUACAGUUGUGUGGCUACAAACAGAGUUGGCACUGAUGACUGUUUCGUUGUGCUAAAUGUCACUCCUCCUAUAAAUACAGCUGGCACAAUUGCUGGAGCAGUUAUUGGAACUCUUCUGGGGCUCUUUUUAUUGGCCUUUCUUGUCUUCUGUUGCUGUAAGAAACGUAAAGAGAAAAAAUAUGAAAAAGAAGUGCACCAUGAUAUUAGAGAGGAUGUUCCUCCUCCAAAGAGUCGUACUUCAACAGCCCGCAGCUAUAUAGGCAGCAAUCGUUCUUCUCUGGGUUCAAUGUCUCCCUCCAAUAUGGAAGGAUAUGCCAAGACUCCAUAUAAUCAAGUACCAAGUGAAGACUUUGAACGUCCUUCUGGUCAAAACCCAAGCUUUGCACCGUCAAAGGUAGCUGCACCUAAUCUAAGUAGAAUGGGAGCUGUCCCUGUGAUGAUUCCAGCACAAAGCAAGGACGGGUCCAUAGUAUAGAAUGGUGUUAAUUUAUGCUUUUUUAAAAUUCUUUACAAAUAUUAAAAAUAAAUAAAUAAAAACCUUGUUCCAACCUACAUGUAAAAAGUGCAUAAAAUUGUUCUUAAAGAAAAUGAACAGUUAGUUUGAACAGCCAUCACUUUUGCUUAUUAAUUUUUGAACUGUUAGUAAAAUAUAUUAAUUAAAUGCUUCAGCAAAAGCAUUUAAGUUCCUAAUGAGACAUGAAACAAUGGAGGUAUUUGAAUUUUAGAUGAAGAAACACCAUAUCAGCUAGAUGUGGAAUUCUGAAUAUGAAACACAACGUUGUGUAUUUUUGACAGUGAAAAGACAUUGCAACUGUAGUCCAUGAAAUUAGAUUUCCAGAGACUUCACCCUCAAAAUGUGGAAUGACUUAAAUAUUUUGACCCCUUUGGCCAUUCUGUGAUAAUGGCCACAGUGUCUGAAGUACUUGAAUGAUUGAUCUAAAUAUUUUUCUGAAAGUCUGUGGAAAUCUUUAACUUUUGUAAUGUGCUUUUGGGGCAUCUUUUGAAUUUCUGAGAACUCGUAUAUCAUGGGCUACCAGUUGCAGUUAAUUGAACCCAGUCAACUGAUAAACUUGAUUUUGAGAUUAAAUGCAACAAGUGGAAAUGCUACAGGGGAGACCAUGAAAGCUUUAUGAGACCCCAAUUUUAAGAGAAGAGCAUUUUAUUAUAGUCAUGCCAAGCAACCCAGAACUGUUCACUGGCAUUAAAGGGACACGAUCAAGUUUAUACCAACUUGUUACUCAUGGAACCUAGUCUUCCAAAACUUCAGAUCAGCUGUUGUUUUCCCAUGAAAAAUGGAUGUGUGUUUGUGGACAAAUAGUUAAAUUAUAUGGGAUAGAUAUCUGUCUGUUAAGAUUUUCAGAACCUUGCUUUAGUUUUAUAAAUCUCACUUUAGGUUUCUAAAUCCAUAUUUUGAUUCCAAAGAGGUAAGCAUGCAGAAGCUCUAUCUGGAUUUAAUAGGAAAUGAUGAAUGCUCAUGAUUUGGUAAAAUCUGCCCACUUAUUUUGGAAACUUAUUUUUGACCCUAGUGUGUGUUUAUACACAGUGCAAUAUUAGUCUGCUAUUUGAGGACAUUGUGUAAACAGCUUUUGUACAAGGAAUUUGUAAAGGGGGUAAAAUAAUUUGGUCCUCGGUGUCCCCGUUAAAAACAAACAACCUCUAAAUAUUGUUACCAAACACUUAAUUCCAUUUACUUUCUCAUAACAAAAAUAGAAUUUCAAAUAGUUUCUCUUCUUCAUGCAUUGUGGUUAUCCAAAAUUGUAGAUAUAGAACUAAAAUUCAUUGUUUUGUUGAAUUUUUUUUUUAAAAAAGCUUUCCAGUGUGGUUUCUGUACUAGUUUCAGACUUAUUAAAGUACUGUUGAUAUCUUGUGAUAGCUGUUGGGUUGUUGUGGAUAGUGUAUUUGAAUUUUGCAUCAGUUUGAGUCUUUGUGAAAGUGAUUUUUUUCAGAAAAAAGAAUUUUGUAAAUUUAAAAUGUCAAUAGUGGAUAUUAAACUGCCAAAUAUUCUUCAAACUGAAAAGGAAGAUUGAGUGCAACACUGAUCUUAUUUAAGCUAAAUGUCUGAACUGCCUGUGUGAAAGAUACUAGGUAUAUCUGUAUUACAAUGGUGUGAGAUAAAAGGUUUUCUCAAGAGUUUAGGGAAGCUUUAGGCUAUAGUGUCUGUUUUUUCUAUAGCUGACUAGGUCUGUGAAAUUAUUCAGCUUGCUCUUAGAUGUUUGUCCUAGUUGUAGGUAGGUACACAAUUUUUGAUCUGGAUUAUUAUGUAGAGUAUAUAAACCCUUUUCAUUCUGAAUUUAGAGAAUGAAGUAGAUAUUAAGUAUUUUAGAUAUGUAUAAAACUUUCCACAUUUUGGGACAUCUUUUUUAGAUUGUAAUCAGAUACUGUUAGAACUAAGAUACUUUUAUCUUUCAUCUGUGCCUUUCCAAUAAACUUUUAUGCCUGAUUGUAACUUAAGUUUUUUAAAGAAAUUUCUGGUGCCUAAAUUACUUUUUUUUGAAAGGUGCUUCUUAAACAUGAAGGUACAGACUUCACAACACUGUGACCUGAUUUCUUCUUACAUACUUUUUAUAUUUUUACCUCUUCCUGCCAAUAUUUUGGAUGUGGCUUAAGUAACUCUACAUAAUGUUCUGUAUUUCAAAGCGCUUCAGUUUUGCUUAAACUUCUCUUUACAAGCUAGUGAAUGUUAUGUUCCUGAAAACAUUCUCUUUCACUGUAGUACCAGAUUAGAUGAUUAGAACCCUCAUAUGUGAUGCGUCAUACUUCGUAGUUAUUUUCCAGACACAUGAAUACAAAAGUCUUUAAAAAUAAAUAAAUAAAACAGCUUAAUUUUAAAGAAUUUUUGAAAGUGUAAGGCAGCGGUUCUCAAACUGUGGAUGGGGACCUCAAAGUAGAUCACGAGCCCAAUGGGGUUCCCAGGGCUGUCUUAGACUUGCUGGGGCCAUGGCCGAAGCCUGUGCCUCACCACCCAGGCCAAGGCAAAAGCCGAAGCCAGAGGGGUUCAACCCUGGGCAGCGGGGCUCAGGUUACAGGCCCCCUGCGUGGGGCUGAAGCUUGCCCAUUCCCCAGCCAGGGCGGUGGGCAUCGGGGCUUGGGCAGACUCAGGCUUUGGGUCUUUUCUCCACCCCACCCCCACUCCCUCGUAGUCAUUUUUGUUGUCAGAAGGGUGUCGAAGUGGAAUGAAGUUUGAGAACCCCUGGUGUAGGGAACGAAGACAGUCCCUUCCGAUAUCCAGUUAUAAACACAGAAGAGAGACUGUCACAGUUGAAUGAUGUAUUGAUAGACCAAAUAUUUUACCUACCCCUAAAGUAAACUAUUUAUUAUUUUAAAAAUGCUGUUAUGUCAAUCUUGAAAGCUGAUCUUCUGUGCAGAACAGGAGGUAAAGCACAGAUUAAAAGCCAGCAGUAGGACUGGGCCACUAGCUAACAGUCUAAAGUGUUUUAUUAAUCCAUCUGUGGAUAUGUUUGUGAGAUGGGCUCUCAUUGUAUUGUCCAAUACUCCAUACUCCUGUCAGGUAAACAGGCAAGAUAUUGAAGAGCAUAAAUGUAUUACACUAAAGCAGGUGUAGCUGCAUUUGUGCAUAUUUAAUGCCCAGUCAGCUCACAAGAAAGGAAUAAGUGAUAGAGUGAAAGGACAGCAUGAUGUGCCCUCAAAACAUAGCUUUUAGGCCUUGCAGCCUUGACAAUGUCUGUUUAUGAAAUUGCAUGGAAGAUAAAGUAACAGGAACUGACAGUGUCCUCUGAAAUACAUAGGACUACCUACUUGGGAUAGACUUUGUCUCAAGUACCUAACAUCCAGGCCUAUUGAAUGGACAAAGCAUUAUUAUGAAGGCCACUUUAUUACUACUAUAAAUCUGAUUAAUAUCACAAAAUAAAUAUUUUAGUAAAUUGUUUUUUCUUUAAAUUCAGACAUCUAAUUUACUUAAAGCAAAUACCAGAUUAACAAUGUAUUGUCUAUUUAGAAAUGGAAUGGAUGGGACCAAAUAGCUUGUCCCAGUACUCCUCCUCCAUGCCCCCCCACUUAGAAUGUUCAUUGUUACAGAUAAGACUUCUAAGGAAAAAUCUUAUAGGAAGCAAGGACAGCUAGUUCACUGAUUAGAACACACCAUCCUCAAUGCCUCAUUCACGCAGUCUUAUAGUUGAAGAUAAACUCUUUUGUAAAUAUUAAAUCUAAAUGAACUGAAGAAGUAAUAAGUAGUUAAUUGGAUGACUGAAAAUUUACUUUUCCAUUGUCAAUGCGGCAUACUCUGAUUUAUUUUGGGGUGAAUAAAGUGUGACAGCCUUAUGUAAUUUGAAAAAACACUACAUUACACCAGAUAUCAUAAUAAACUUAAUUCCUUUUAAUAAACUUUCUGAAACAGAUAUUUAAAGAUGUUUUUGUGAGGCAUUAUUUUACACUGAAAUUUCACGAAUAAAUUUUUUAAGCGUUUAGUGCGUUAAAAAUGCCUUGUUUCAGUUCAGCAAAAUAAAUAUCCAUCAUAUUUUUGUAAAUGCCAUUAACUGUGGUAUUUUGCCUAUUCAGAAACGUAUAAAAGUACACAUUUAAUCUAAUGUUGUAUAGUAUAUUGUUACAUGUCAGAUUAAAUGUCCUCAUACCUAUUGUUUAGUAACAAUACAGCUAAGUGUUAAAGAUGUGUUUAAAAUAUCUGUCUGUAAAUCAGGGCUUUUCUGCAAUAAAGGAAGCCAACAGUAUAGACAGUAGUUUUCAUGGCAGAUUUUUGUUCUUUGUACUCUUGCCGUGUAGGAGGAAAGUCCACAUUAGGUUCAUUGUAUCACUUAAACCCUACUGAAACACUGCAUUAAGUGUUUAUAGGGCCUUUGGGCUUCUCAAUGAUGCGGUACAUUUCAACUUAAUUAUACUAAAGCAAUACUGCCUAACGGAGUAAACGUCUGCAACUGGAAAAGGUAUUCAGUACUUCACGUGCACAAAGCAUAGUAUUUGAUAUUGGUAUGAAUUUCAGCAUGAGGUUUUAUAUUUAAUUUUUAAGAAUUUAAAGUAGAAGCAUUGAAAUUUGUAGGAGUCCAUUUGUAAAAAAAAAAAAAAAAAA